CCUAGCAGCAGCAGUAGCAGCAGCAGCGGAAGCAGCAGCAGCAGCCAGUGGCGCGAACCGCGCGGCUCCCCCUGCUGACGAAGCUGCCCCUACGCGAGCGACGAGCGACGAGCGACGAGCGACGAGCGACGAGCGACGAGCGACGAGCGACGAGCGACGAGCGACGAGCACGCGCUGCCGUCGGCCUGUCCGCUGGCGGGGCGCAGGCGGCUAGUGUUCGGCCAGUGAUAGGCGCGCGCUCACGUGCAGUCGAUGAUCGCGCUGCGCUGCUCGUUAUGGACCAGUCGAGUGCUCGCAGUGGAUCCGAGGCGGCCUGGCGCAGCUACAGCUGAGUCCCGCAACCACUCACACUUUUAGUUUCAGGUUAGGAGCCUGCUAGCGCGGGUCUCUCUCUCUGCCGCUGCACCGCUGAGGCGCGCGCUGCGCUCUACGGCGACACUCCGCUCGCGCCACGCAUCCUGGUGGCCAAUGACAGCGCCGGCGACCGGCCGCCCGACUGUCGAACCGGCGCCGACGAGCACGAGGCAGCAGCGGGCCGCGGCCCGCAGCCGGCGGCCAGCCGAGCGGAUGAGCCCCGCGCGGUCCCCGGCGGUCAUCGGCGCCAGCUCCGACUGCGGCUCCCAUGCGGCCAGCUGCGAGUGAUACUGGCUCGGCAGCCGAGUGCGCGUCGCGAGUGAUCGCUACUGGCUGAGGGCUGGCGCGCGUGCACACGGACGCAGGGACUGAUAUGACGAGACGUUGGCGCUACCGGUACCAACGCCUGGUGAUAGUGUGAAAGCAGUGCUGGUCGUGCGUCAACAGACAGACACAAUAGAGACAGAGACCGUGGAGGCGCGAUCGGGCGUUGGCGAGCGCGGAGGUGGUGGCGACCAGGCAGGCAGCAGCAGCAGCAGCAGCAGCGGCGGCCCGCGCGCCAGGAAGGCCCAGCCGCAGGCGCGGGGCGUCGUUUCGGGCACCGCCAGUUCGCAGGCAGCCGUCAAAGUGGCUUCGUCACUGGGCCUGCAGGGGCCUGCUGCGCCGAUCGGGGCCCAACUCCUGCAGGCCGCGGCCGCCGCCGGCGGCGCCAGCUCCCCCGAGGACCAUGCGAGCGGCGCGACCGUCUACCACGCCAACUUGCUAGCCGGCUCGAGCGGCAACGUGCAGGCGGCCCUGCAGCUGCAGCAGCCGCAAGCCCUCCUGGCGGGCCUCAGCCCCUCGGCGACCGCCGCGGCCCUCGCCGCCGCCGCCAGCAUGCAGGCCAGCGCCGAGCCCAGCAGCCUCGACCUGCAGGCCAUGCAGUCCAUGGAGUACCUCUUCAAGAAGGAGCGCAUCUACCUGCUCGCCCAGUUCUGGCAACAGAGGGCUAUUUUGGCGGAGAAGGAGAAUACCGAUCUGAAGGAGCAGCUCGUCGCGGCCAGCGAUGGCAAUUGCAAGACUGAGGGACAGCAGAUGUCCCAAAACGCCCAGAGCCAGGAGCCGAGUCAACAAGACCCCAGCAAUCCCAGGCGGACGCCCAACAGCAAUCACGAGCAGGAGCUGCAAGCCAAGGACAGAGAGAUCGGCCAGCUGCGCGAGGAGGUGACGAGGCUGCAGCUGAGCCUGCAGCGGCUGCAGGAGACGAGCGCGCAGGCGAGCGCGCGGCUGGAGGAGGAGCUGGAGGCGCGCCGGCAGCAGGUCGGCCGGCUGGAGGCCAAGCUCGAGCGCCAGAAGGACUACGACGAGCUGAGGCGCGAGGUCAGCGUGCUGCGCUCGGUCGACCUGUCGCAGAUCCCGACCGGCGAGCCCGGCAAGAGCCUCGAGCAGGUGCUCCUCGAGCGCUCCAAGGCGCUGCAGCAGGCCGAGAGCCUGAAGCCGCCCAGCACGCCCGAUGCCCUCGGUGGACUAUCGUCGCCCCUGCAACGAGCCGCGACGGCCUCGCCGCACGGCGCGGUGAUCGCGCCUCCAUCGUCGUCCCUAUCCAUGUCCAUGUCCUCGCAGUCCGCGCUACCGAGCCGCUCCACCCCCACGCCCUCGUUACAGGCCUCGUCGGGCGGGCCGGGCGUCGCCCCCGUCGGCUCGGUACCGAGCUCGCUCCUAUUCCCACCGGGCCUCCAAAACGUCGAGACCUUCGGCUCGUUCCUCGGCGAGGAGAUCGUGGCCAACUGGAGGCGCUCCCUGGAGAGAUCGAUCAUGAGUCAGCAGCAGCAGCAGCAGCAGCAACAGCAGCAGCAGCAGCAGCAUCAGCAUCAGCAACAGCAACAGCAACAGCAAGCGCCGAGCUCGCAAGCGCCCGCGGCCGGACUGCUGCCGCCGCUGGUCGGUCAGGCCAACCACGCGCUCAACCGUCUGCCCUCGCCGACAGAUCAGCCGGGCACGCCCGCCAACUCGGAGCCCGCGGAGAAGGCGACCACGCCGCUGAGCGGCCAGGAGACGCCGGCGCCGCCACCCCCCUCGUCCACGGCCACGCUCACCUCGCCGCCGCUGCUGCAGCCCGGCGACGCGGUCGCCGUGGCGAUGAACGGGCCGCUCGGCCCGGCCAAGAGCCCCGCCGAGGAGGCGGUCGUCUGCCACAACAACAACAACAGUCAGCACCUGGCCAACAACAAUAUCGGCGCCGGCCUCAGCAUGCUCGACAGCCUCAAGAGCCCCUUCCGCUUCGACGAGCGCACGCACCCGUUCAGAUUCGGCGACGAGUUCGGCGCGGCCGGCAUGGUCGGACGUCUCGGCGAGUCCCUCAUACCCAAGGGCGACCCCAUGGAGGCGCGCCUGCAGGAGAUGCUGCGCUAUAACAUGGACAAGUACGCCUCGCAGAACCUCGACACGCUGCACAUCGCGCGCCGCGUGCGCGAGCUGCUCUCCGUGCACAACAUCGGCCAGCGGCUCUUCGCCAAGUACGUGCUCGGCCUGUCGCAGGGCACCGUCAGCGAGCUGCUCAGCAAGCCCAAGCCCUGGGACAAGCUCACCGAGAAGGGCCGGGAUAGCUAUCGAAAAAUGCACAGCUGGGCUUGCGACGACAACGCGGUCCUGCUGCUCAAAUCCCUCAUACCCAAGAAAGAGUAUGUUUCAGGCAAGGAGCCGGGAAUGCCUGCGUUCGCGCGGGGUCCGCAGGAAAGUAGCGCGCCCGGGGCCAUGAACAGCAGCAGCAACAGCAGCGCCAACCCCGGCGCCAACCAAGAGUCGAACGAGGCCCACAUGCUCGGCGACUGCGCCAGGCAGCAGCUCGAGGGCCUCGAGGGCUCGAACGACGCCGACAGCAAGAGCCCCAGUCGGCUGAACUGCCCGAGCCCCUUCGGCGGCAAGGACAGCCAGAACCGCCGCCUGAAGAAAUACGAGAACGACGACAUUCCCCAGGAGAAGGUGGCCAAGAUCUACCAGGAGGAGCUGGCCAAGAUCAUGGGCCGGCGGAACGACGAGCUGCGCGGGCCCCGCGACUUUGCCGCCAGCGCGAUGUUCCCGCACUUUUUCAGCGGGCAGAACCUGCAGGGCAUCGAGCGCACGCAGGACGAGAUCCGGCUGGCCCUGGACGCCUACCACCGCGAGCUGCAGAAGCUGAACGUGGGCCAGGGCCUGCCCUACCCGCCGCAGAUCUCGGGCCUGCUGGCGCUGCAGCAGCACGCCAUCCAGCAGCACCACCUGGUGACCAACGGCGGGGCCGCGGCGGCGGGCGGGGCCGCGGGCGGGGCCGGGUCCGCGGCCGCCGCAGCCGCCGCCGCCGCGGCCGCGGCCGCCGCCGCCGCCGCCGCGCAGGACCUUAGCCUCGGCAACAUCCUGCGCAGCAAGAUGAUCAACGGCGUGUCGGAGGAGGACAAGGAGAAGAUGGAGGAGGCGAUGCGCCACGCGGGCAGCGCCUUCUCGCUGGUGAAGCCCAAGCUGGAGCCGGCGCAGCCGGGCAGCCAGUCGACGCCCGGCGGCUCCAGCGCCAGCUCGCCCCUCGGCAACUCCAUCCUGCCGCCGGCGAUGACGCCCAGCGAGGAGUUCGCCGGGGCCGCGGCGGCCAGUCCGCUGCAGCGCAUGGCCUCCAUCACCAACAGCCUGAUCAGCCAGCCGCCCGCGCCCACCCACCACUCGGGCAGCCAGCGCCCGCUCAAGGCCGUGCUGCCGCCCAUCACGCAGCAGCAGUUCGACAUCUACAACAACCUCAACACCGAGGACAUCGUCAAGAGGGUAAGCGCUAUUGUCAAGGAGCAGCUCUCGCAGUACUCCAUCUCGCAGCGCCUCUUCGGCGAGUCGGUGCUGGGCCUGUCGCAGGGCUCGGUGUCCGACUUGCUGGCCAGGCCGAAGCCCUGGCACAUGCUCACGCAGAAGGGCCGCGAGCCGUUCAUCCGCAUGAAGAUGUUCCUCGAGGACGACAACGCGGUGCACAAGCUGGUCGCCAGUCAGUACAAAAUUGCCCCGGAAAAGCUAAUGAGGACCGGCGGCUAUGGCGGCCUGCCUCGUAAGUUUAACUCAGCGUGCGGGACGCCGAUGAAGCCGAUGCCGCCGACGAAGCUCGUUCAGGAGCAGCUUCAGAACGCGGCGAAGGCGCAGGCGGCCGCGCAGGCAGCCGCGCAGGCGGCCGCGGCCGCGGCGGCGGCGGCGCAACACCAGCAGGACGGCACCCUGCAACUGGGCCCGCCGCAGCAGAGCCCGCAGCAUCCGUCUCACGCGCAGCAGACGGCGAUGAUGCUCACGCCGCCGGGCAAUCUGCUGUCGCACGGCCAGCAGCUCAGCAUACAGGAGCUCCAGAAGAAGCAGCAGCAGCAGCAACAGCAGCAGCAGCAGCAGCAACAACAGCAGCAGCAGCAGCAGCAGCAGCAGCAGCAGCAGCAACAGCUGAGCGUCCACUCGCCGCACCAUCAGAUGGCCCCGUCGGCCCUGCGCGUCCUCCACCCGCACAUCUCGCCGAGCGUCUACGAGAUGGCCGCGCUCACGCAGGACCUCGACACGCAGACCAUCACGACGAAGAUCAAGGAGGCGCUGCUGGCCAACAACAUCGGCCAGAAGAUCUUCGGCGAGGCGGUGCUGGGGCUGUCGCAGGGCUCGGUGAGCGAGCUGCUGAGCAAGCCCAAGCCCUGGCACAUGCUGAGCAUCAAGGGCCGCGAGCCGUUCAUCCGCAUGCAGCUGUGGCUCUCGGACACGCACAACGUGGACAAGCUGCAGGCGCUGAAGAACGAGCGCCGCGAGGCCAACAAGAAGCGGCGCAGCAGCGGCCCCGGCCACGACAACAGCAGCGACACCUCGAGCAACGACACGGCCGAGUUCUACCACGCGGCCUCGCCCGGGCCCGGGCCCACCUCCGCCAAGAAGCAGCGCGUGCUCUUCAGCGAGGAGCAGAAGGAGGCGCUGCGGCUGGCCUUCGCCCUGGACCCCUACCCCAACGUGGCCACCAUCGAGUUCCUGGCGAGCGAGCUCGGGCUGUCGUCGCGCACCAUCACCAACUGGUUCCACAACCACCGCAUGAGACUGAAGCAGCAGCCGCCCCACGGGCAGCCCGAGGCGCAGUCGCCGCGCGAGCCCGGCCAGCCCUUCGACCCCGUGCAGUUCCGGCUGCUGCUCAACCAAAGACUGCUCGACAUCCAGAAGGAGCGCCUCGGCCUGGGCGGCGUGCCCCUCGGCUACCCGCCCUACUUCGCGCCCAACCUGGCGGCCCUCGUGGGCAGCGCCCUCAAGGAGCAGUGCUCCGGCCUCGACCUCUCGAUGGGCUCGCUGAAGCGCGAGCCCAACCCCGAGUUCGAGGACGACGACGCGGACGGCGAGGCCGAGGGCGAGGCCGAGGGCGAGGCCGACGCCGAGGCCGAGGCCGACGCCGACGACGCGCUGAGCCACCUCGGCAGCGACGACUCGGACGGCUCGGUGGCGAGCCUCAAGCGCGAGCACCCCUGCGCCGCGGAGGCGCCCGCGCUGCCGAGCGCCCAGGCGGCGCAGGCGCGCUCCAGCCGGCGCAAGCCCGCCGCGCCGCAGUGGGUGAACCCCGAGUGGCAGGAGCCCGCGGCCGCGGCGGCCGCCGGCGCCGCCGCCGACGAGGUCAUCAUCAACGGCGUGUGCGUGAUGCAGACCGAGGACUACGGCGUGAAGCGCGAGGCGCCCGAGGAGACGGUGCGCGUCGAGCCGAUCCCCGUGCAGGACCGCUUCGAGGAGGACGCGCAGAGCGACGCCUCGUCGGGCCGCGAGCGCGAGAGCCCCUCGCCCGCGGGCUCGGCCAAGUCGGCCGCGCGGCUCAGCCCCCCGGGCGCGGCCGCGGCGCCGGGCGCGGCCUCGCCCGCGGCGCCGGCCCCCGGCGACAGCCCCAAGGACCCCGUGAAGCACGAGCCCGACGAGGCCUGGGACUACUAGGCGGCGCCGGGCCGCGCGUCCGCUUUGUUACGUUGUUUUCUACUCGUCGACGCCAGCGGGGGGAGACGAAGCCAGCAAUAGGAUUCGGCGCCGCGAGCCGAGUCCUGCCUACGCUUAGGGCAUUAGGAGAGCGCGGAGAUUGCGGCCGGC